UGCGGCAGGGGGUGGUGCGGACAGACGACAGCGGAGACGUCCUGGCAGGAGAGCGUAGCAGAGACGCCCGGGCAGGCGACGCGUCUCACGAGUCGACGUCAAAAGACGCGCCUCAGGGGGACUCGCCAAAAGACGUUCCGCAGCCAAUGCCAGAAAACGCGCCUCACGCGCCAACGUCAAACAACGCCCCGCACGAGCCCAAAGACCCCUUCGCCUUCCCCUACCGCGUCUCCUUCGAGACGUUCGACCUGUACCCGUCCAGCGCCGACGAACCCAGUCAACUCGAGCCCGACCACCUCGAACCCCUCGCCGGCACCCUCCUCACACCCGCCGACGGCCGGCGCGUGAGCGCGCUCGUCUGGGUUGACGUGCGCGGGCGCGGGCCCACCCUCAUCAUCUGCAAGCCCGGGCUCGUCUCCCUGUGGUCGGUGGGCGGGGCGUUCGCGACCGCUUCUGCUGUUGCUCCCAAGGGGUUCGCGAGCGCUGCUGCUCCGGCGGGGUUCGCGAGCGCUUCUGCUCCGGAGGGGUUAGCCACCGCUGCUGCUCCCAAGGGGUUCGCGGGCGCUUCGGCGCCUGCGGGGCUCGCGGGCGCUUCGGCGGGGUUCGCGAGCGCUUCGGCAAGGCUCACGACCACCUCCACCAGCGAAGCCUCCACUUCGAGCCUUAGCCAAGGUAGCAUAGGACAAGAUGCAAGAGACAGGCCCCCCACCCCGCCCACCCCGCCGCCCGCGCUCACGCUCCCCCUCCCGCCGCUCAAGACGUCCAUCGGCUCCUCCGCCUUCAGCGCGGUCGUGGGCGUGCACUAUGUCCGGACGCGGGACACCCUCCUCCUCACCCUGCACGACGGCACGAUGCGCGCGCUCCAGGGCCUCGCCACCGGCGUCGUCGGGUGGGCGGAGGAGGGGGCGAGCGUGGUGCCGGGAGCGUCGACAUCCGCACCAGCGCGGCGAGGCCUCCACCCUUCGCGCCUACAGUGUCAGCGGGACCUGCGAGUACGAGCGCGUCGGCAGCGGGCGAAGGAAUUGGUCCGCCAGUGGGUGAAGGAAAUGGUCCGCCAGUGGGAGAACGAUCGCGUCAUGAACAGGACUCCGACCCCACCACCCUGGGAAACCCCACCACCCUCGACGACCCCACCACCCUCGACGACCCCGCCACCCUCGGCGACCCCGCCACCCUCGACGACCCCACCACUCUCGGCUACCCCGACUCCGACGUCGAGAUGGGCGACAGCUCGUUGCACGGAGAGACAGAGUUUCCCGACCCCUCGACCUUCGCGCUCGACCCCGCCUUGGCCGCUCUCAGCCCCAAUCCCACUACCGCAGGCCCCAUUACCGUCCCAGGUGCCAGCCCUACCGCUACUCCCCUCCCUGCCGGCUCGACAUCAACAAAACUGAUACCUGCGCGCCCAGUACCCAUCUCUGCGCGCCGGACACCCAAACCCCUCACCUCCCCCGCGCUCUCCGCGCACACCCGGUCCGUGUUCACGACGCUCGAGGGCGGGCGCGCGCCGGGCUCGCGCACGGACUACCGGAGCGAGAGCACGGCGGCGAUAAGGGUGGGCGGGGGUGCGAGUGGGGGUGCGAGUGGGGGCGCUGCUUCCGUCAACAACGAUUCUUCAGCC